AUGGCCGUUGUGGUAAUCGACAAUUCCGGACACGGUUAUACUGGUUACGCGCCGACCGCGUCAGGAACGACUAGAAAUAAGGUGGCACUUGCACCUGGUCAUUCUCUGAUGGAUUGGAUUCGUUUAGGCAACUCUGGAAGUGACUUGACUGGAGUUGGUGGUAAAAUGUUAUCUAUUUCCAAAUCAGAAUUAGCAAAGCAYAAUAAGCGAACAGAUGCUUGGUUGGCUAUUCGUGGAACAGUUUACAAUGUCACCCACUACAUGGACUUCCAUCCUGGUGGUAUUGAUGAAUUAGUUAGAGGAAUCGGCACUGACGCUACCAAGUUAUUUUCAGAGAUACAUGCUUGGGUGAAUUAUGAAUCAAUACUUCAGAAGUGUGUGGUUGGCCGAUUAGUUAAUGAAGAACUGUUUAAAUUGCCUGAUAUUUUGAAAGCCGCUACAGAUGUCUCCGAAAAUGAUUUGAACAUGGAUUGGUUUCAACAACUUGGCUUCUUAUGUUUUGUAUUUUAUACUAAAACACCAUAUCCUGAGGUGUCUAUUACUUUAAAACAACCCAAUGAAUUUCAUUUUGUAUUGAAUGGAAAAUCAAGAUGUAUCACUUUGCAUAAAAAUGUCAAUUGGCCUUGUAUUGUAAAAAUAGUAGCAGACAUUGGAAAAGUACAAGUUAAACUGAUAAAAAAAGCACUUGGACUUUGGCCGACAUAUGGAACUAUAUCAAAUACUAAAAAUAUUCAAAUUGAUUAUUGGAAAUGCGAGCUACUUGAUUCAUUUAGUGUUACACAUAAUACUAAAUUUUUAUUAUUUAAGUAUGAACAGAACUUGUAUAAUCAUGUUUAUCCAGGGCGACAUGUUUAUAUAAAAGCUAAUGUGAAUGGUCAUGUUGUAUCACGGCCAUAUACUCCAGUAUGGCCUUUAGUUGAAACAACAGAGUAUGGGAAAAUCUCUGAAGACACUUUAUGUUUAUUAGUUAAAAGUUAUCCAAAUGGAAAAUUAAGUAGACAUUUGUGUUCUUUAAGCCAAGGAGAUUUAAUCGAUGUCAGCCGUCCGCAAGGUAGUUUUGAGUGUUGGACAUCAAAAUCAAACCUUAUUUUAUUGGCUGCUGGUACUGGAAUUACACCAAUGUUACCAAUCAUAUGGAGUGCUUUGCAUUCUUCCAUUAAAAAUUAUAAUAUCACAUUAUUGUUUUUCAACAAAAAAGAAUCAUGUAUAAUUUGGAAAAAGUAUUUAGAUGAAAAAAGUGCUGCUUACUUAUCAAGACUGACUGUACAUUACAUUUUGUCAGAAGAGGAAAACUCCAAGGGURACUCAAAAGGACAUAUUGAUGAAAAUGUAAUCGUUAAAUAUUUUCCUUCGAUAGAUAAAGAUAUAAAAAAUGAAUAUGCAGUGUGCAUUUGUGGCCCACCAGGCUUCAAUAAACUAUGUGAAAAGUUAGUUAUUCAACAAGGUUACAAAAAAGAAGACUACUUUGUUUUUGGUUGAUAUUUGUUGUAUUGUAUUGCAUUUUUUUUUAACUUUUUUUUUUUUAAUACAAUAUUA